CCUUCAGCCACCACCGCGUCUGCAUCAUACGAGGACGAUCUUUGUACUGGCGCAAAGCACGAUCCAAAACGCAGGGUCGUGGCUGGCAGACUGUCAAAUAAACCAUCGCACCAGCUUAACGCUCGGCCUGUUCAUCAAGCCCUCGUUUGGCCUCGUUCAGACAUUCACUCGUGACUUGGUAGUUUACCUCUCAGUCAACUUGAGCUUGAAGGAUCCCGCAUGGCGAGCACAAUAAGGAGAGGGAAGCCAAAAAUCAAACCUCCGAAGAAGCACGGUCCAGAUGUUCCUAUCGAAGAUAUAUGGACGCAGCUCUCCAAUAACAUCCGCGAAAUCCAUAAGCAGAAUGCCUCUCGCUUGUCCUUCGAAGAAAACCACCGCUUCGCAUACAACAUCGUGCUCUCCCGCAAGGGUGAAAUGCUAUAUAACGGCGUAUGCGACUUGGUGGUAGAAAAUCUGGAGAAUUUGGCGGCGGAACAAAUCAUACCGGCGUUCCCGACGGGUAACAAGGACGAUCUGGUCGAGCAAAGCCAGGAGUGGGAGCUCUUGCUCAAGGCACUUCGGAACGUGUGGGACGAGCAUCAGGCCAAUAUGUCGAAGCUCAGCGACAUCCUGAAGUACAUGGAUCGUGUUUACACAAAAAACGCAGGUGUUCCCGAGAUAUGGGACGCAGGCAUGAACCUCUUCCGCAAACACAUUCUCCGCCCCCCAAUACAACCCCACCUCGUCACAGCCAUACUGCAAGAAGUACGGCUCGAACGCGACGGCUUCACUAUCAGUCGGUCAGCGGUCAAGGGCUGCGUAGACGUGAUGCUCCAACUCGACGACGACAAAGGAGAGAUCAUCUACAAACGUGAUCUGGAACCCGUGCUGCUGAAAGAGAGCGAAGCGUACUACAAAGCGGAGGGCGAAAAGCUCAUGGAGUCGUGUGAUGCCCCCGAGUACCUGCGUCGGGCAGAAGAUCGUUUCGUCUCCGAAGAACUCCGUGCCAUCCACUACCUCUCCAACCAGACCGCCGCUCCCCUCCAAAGAAUUCUCGAAUCCGCCCUUCUUACCCCACACCUGCAGGCCAUCAUCGGUAACCGCAACUCCGACCUGGACGUAAUGAUCGAUACCGACAGGAAGACCGAUUUGGCUCGAUUAUACAAACUCUUCGUCAAGGUCCCGACCGGUUUGCCCUGCCUUCGACGCGCGAUCAAGGAUACCCUCGCCACGCGGGGGAAAGAGAUCAAUUCUCUGGGUGCGGUCUCGGGUUCCGGAACCGCAGAUGGUGGCGAAGGCGAUGAUGCUCCCGAACCUACUGGAAAGGGCAAGGGAAAGGCGGGGCCACCAGGCGCACAGUUGUUACAAGUAGCUCUGAAGUGGGUUGAAGACGUCCUCGCCCUCAAGGACAAGUUCGACACCAUAUGGACAGAUUCAUUCGCGUCAGAUCGCGAUCUCGAGGGUGGCAUCAACGAGGCUUUCGAGUCGUUCAUCAACCAGAACGAAAGGGCCCCGGAGUACAUCUCGUUGUUCAUCGACGAAAACCUCAAGAAGGGUCUGAAAGGCAAAACCGACGAAGAAGUUGAGGCUGUCCUGGACAAAACAAUUACCGUGUUCCGUUAUGUCACGGAGAAGGACGUCUUCGAGCGAUACUACAAGGGUCAUCUCGCGAAGCGCCUGCUCCUCGGGAAAUCGGUCUCGGACGACGCGGAGCGCGGCAUGCUCGCCAAGCUCAAGGUGGAGAGUGGGCACCAGUUCACUCAGAAGCUCGAGGGCAUGUUCACCGACAUGAAGGUUUCUGCCGACACCAUGGCCGCAUAUCGGACAUAUCUCAACAGCAAGGAGGCGCCCGACGUAGAUAUCAACGUGAUCGUCAUGACGUCCACUUACUGGCCGAUGCCGCAACCUUCACCGCAGUGCAACUUGCCGCUUGCGCUCACCGAAGCCAGCAAGGUGUUCGAGAAGUUUUAUCUGGGCCGUCAUUCUGGUCGCCGGCUAACGUGGCAACCUUCGCUCGGCAACGCGGACGUGCGCGUUACCUUCAAAGCAAGGAAGCACGAUCUCAAUGUGUCAACCUUUGCCCUGGUGAUAUUGCUACUCUUCGAGGAUCUCUCGCAAGAUGAGUUCUUGACGUAUGAGGAGAUCAAGACCGCGACUGCGAUGCCAGAACAAGAGCUCCAACGGAAUCUCCAAUCACUUGCGUGUGCCAAGUACAAGAUCCUCAAGAAGCACCCGCCGGGACGAAACGUGAACCCCGGAGACUCAUUCUCGUUCAACUACGACUUCACCUGUAACCUGCAGAAGAUCAAGAUUAGCACCGUCUCCAGCAGGCCAGAGUCGACCGAGGAGCGCAAGGAGACGAAGGAUCGGAUCGAGGAGGAGCGAAAACACCAGACCGAUGCUUGCAUCGUCCGGAUCAUGAAGGAUAGGAAACACAUGACACACAAUGACCUAAUCAACGAAGCUACACGACAGUUAGCUAGCAGAUUCCAACCUCAGCCUCUGGACAUCAAGAAGCGGAUCGAGAACCUCAUCGAGAGGGAGUACCUGGAGCGAUGUUCGGAUAGGAGGUCAUACAACUACCUUGCGUGACAUAUUGACUGGCCGUUUCUCACUUGCACACCCAUUUUUGCACCCCC